GUCAACAAUAUUGGAUUGCUUGUUUCCGUUCACCGCUUCGGUGGUUUGAUUUACCGUUGAUCUCAGAGAUUUAUGCGGUUUAUUCCGUUUCAAUGUCGACUUUAAUUGGGACAUUCGAUCCAGAUAAUUAUGGUUCUGCAAUAAGAAUGGAUGGCAGCAUUUAAAACAAACACAACAUGGCAGACUUUGAAUACGACGAUUCGACCUUUUACAGCUCUCGUCCUUUAGAGGAAAGAUGGCCGCCUUUGGGAGCAGCCAAUCCCGCCGAAAAUGGAGGCAAGACUUCUGAAUUUUCGAGAAAAACUUACAGGAAUAUGAACAAAAGCUUAGUUUGGAGAAAAGGAAACAAGCUAGUCUUAUAGGACAGCUAAAAGAUCAGUUAGAAGAAAUGGAAAACUAUGUGGCCAUGGGAGCUUCUGCAAAUGUGAAUGAAGAAUUAAGUCCCGAAAAGCUUGUUGAGAAGCAAAAGAUUGUGAUUGAGGAACUGAAAACAAAAAUGGGUCUCAACUUAGAUGGAAUAGAAAAGUUAAGCAAUGAUGAUGUGCGAAAAAAUGUUGACAGUGCUAUAGGAGAGUUGAUGAAUCCUGUCAAGACAAAGGAAGAACUCGUUAAACAGCUCACUACUCAAAUUGCUGAUCUGGAAAGAUUUGUCACUUUUUUGCAAGGUGAAGUUGAGAAUGCGGAGGAACGCACUGAACGGGCUAAACAAUGUCCAUGUCCUGUACAUGCCAAAAGAGGCAGAAAGCAAAAAGAUCGACCGAGGGGUAAAGGAGCGCACCGAUCCAUGGAAUAUUCCUCAGAGAGUUUAAACAGGCUGGAUUAUCAGUGUGACUACAGUUUACAAGAAGACAUGUCUGGCAGUGAAGAUGGUAAUGGGUGUUGUCUCCAUGUGCCUCCCAUUCCUGAGACACCAGAGCAGGUUCAUAGUAAGCAGAGAAUCCGAGAUGCAAGCCUGGCUAUAAUCAAAAGAGCUUUAGCAAUUUUGCAGUUGUUUGCGAUAAGUCAGUUUGGGUGCACUGGGAAACAGAUUCAAGACCAGAUCAUAAGAAAAGCAACUUCAGUAGCCGCACCAGGAUACUUCGAAAAUCUUGCACAGCUUCAGCAAGCUGUUCUGAAAAUUAUCGACAUCAAAUCACGCGAGCCUCCCAGUGAUGGCGAAGAGUCUGGCCCUAAUUCUCCUCAGUCUCCAACGGCUGUGCAAAGACGGUCUCGAAUUCGCACUAGUUCCAUGUCUUCUGAUACCACAAUGUCAGAAAGUAGUGACAGGUUUGAUUACGCAAGAGACGCUGAACUGGUGAAUGUCGUGAGAAAAGAUCUGGCAAUGGCGUUGAAGGCUUUGUUUCAACAUGGACUAGUGAGGUCCGUUGACAAUCGUCUCAUAUCUUCCAAAUCACUCGUGGCAUGUAUCGUACCAACAACGAGGUCUUCUCUUCCCAAGAGAAUGCAUAUAUGGGAACUUUUCAACGAAUAUUACGGAAUGAAGCACGGAAGAGAGUAUAAUUCUACGCCCGCUAGACGGCUCUCUGAGGCGUUUGGUAUUGAAGUUCAAGGUACAAACAUCGUCACAGCCAAACAGACCCUUUUAAGAACACUGCAUAGAAUUAAAACAACUCACGAGCCCUGCAGGCGGAGCAUGGAUGCAAUGUUCAAAUCUUUGGUAUGCGCCGGAAUCAAUCAAAAAAGACUGACCCACUGGUGUCGUCUUAUCGUGAAGAGUUCCUCACUCUUGGAAGAACACUACCAGUCAUGGUCAUAUGUUCUAAAAACAGGAAUGAAUGAGGCUUUAGAACACUUGGACCGUCUCAAUGAGUAUAAUUUUCAUAUCCCUGAAGAUUUGGCCAUAAGACAUCUAACCAAAAUAAAUGACGCUUUCGGAGACUCUUGAGUAAUGACUACAUUUAAAUGAAUCAAUUCACUUGAUCCGAUAAUGGAUUAAAAGGUGAUUUUCUUUUAGAGCUCUGGUUACGUUUGACUGAUGAAUUGAUAAGCAUACGUAGUGAUAUUAUUUUGUAGUCUAGUUUAUUUUAUUUGCAAUGAAACAAAUCUCCUGUCAAGCCCCGGUUCAAAAUAUCGUUUUUCUUGGGACAGUAAAUCUAUGUACAGAUUUUUUUUUUUCUUUUUUGAGUAUAGAAAUCUGCUUUUUUACGUCUUGCCUUUUUAUGUAAGUUUUGCUCCUAAUUUUUGUUCUUUGAUUCAACAGAGGUACUAUAUUUUUCUUUUUUUCGCUCACCUGCAAGUGGUGCGUCAUAUAUAAAACAUGGAAAAUUAUGCGUUUGUUUCUCAGAACACAGCUAGAAAAUUGAAAGAUGCACAAAUAAAUGAUAAUAAUAAAGGUUAUGUUUCUAUCCUUAAUAAAGAGAAGUUAUUUAAAUAUCGACUAAGCAGUAAAACUGUCUUGAUAGGGAAUUACUAUGAAUUCCUGAGAAACGGGAUAUUUUAAAAGAGAUUCUUAUCCAAUAUGAUGUACAGUAUUGCUGUUGGUGGUAAAUAUUAAUGUAAUAAUGAUGACAAACCACUUCUCUGUGUAGAGAAAUUCAUAUCCUAAAGUGCAAUAAUAUGUCAGGAAAAUAAAGUUGGAUAACUGA